UUAAUUUCGAACGAUACGUGUAUUCGAACAUCAUUCGUACGGACAAAAAGUCCUAUUCUCGUUUACAGACGAAAUGACGUGGUUUGGAUUAGUCAGUUACGAAUCAACCGUUCAAAUACAACGAAAACAGUUUAUAUCAGUGUACAAUCUGACAGCUCUGAACAAAUAAUCGAUUAAUGAUUUGCGGCAAAGAAAAGCAUUUUGUUUCAAUAUAAUAUAUGUUGCAUUGGAACUGUUGACUGUUGAUAACGAUUUCCGCCGAUUGAGAACAAACUUACCGGCGAAAUUCUGUGAUAAAUAUGUCAUUUAAAUACCCUGCGAACAGAAAUCAAAUUAAGCAAACAGGCAAUAAGAAUGUAGGCUACCGAGUGGAUAUUCUCAAAUGGAGCGAUAGGAUGGAUUUGUUGGCGAUCGGGAACGAUAAAGGUGAAGUAAUACUGCAUCGACUGAAAUGGCAGAAGGUUUGGCAAUUGGCUCCCCCAGAAGAUGGACUUCGAGUACGUGGGAUUUCUUGGAGACCAUUGGAAAAAGUCAUGGCUAUCGCUUACAGCAAUGGUACGAUUCUUCUAAUAAACAUAGAGAACAAGGAAGAAAUCUACAGCUUUGAUGUGAAAUCAGAUAUAUCUUGUAUAAACUGGACGGAGAAUACGAAUGAAAUUCCCGUGAAUGACACCAGCGGUGAUGCUAUUAAUGAUUACACUACAUUUCUUCCACCUCUACCGAGUCUAAAUUCGUUAUCUUCUACGGCAAAGUCGAGCGAUUAUAAUACACUUAAGUUUUAUUCCAAGCAAAUACUGAAUUUGUUGAUCGUUGGAACCACUAGCGGACUAGUACAUCUGUCCGUAUUUGGAAUGCUGGCAUGUUGCGAGAUCGACCUGUUCGAACAGUUUGGUAUUCAUCCCGGAGAUGCAAUAAUCAAAGAUGUCAAAAUGAGUUCUACUUUUAAACAGUUGUUUGUUGCAAUUGAACGAUUAGGCAUGUUUGAGCUGAUUGUGUUCGAGAACGAUAUAUUGCAGAGGUAUUCAAAUUCUUUGCUGAAUUUAGCAAUUAAGCACGCCCAUCUUUUGAGUACGAUGGCAUACAUUAACGAUACAAUCGAAUGCAUAGUAGAAGCUUGGGAAACAGUUCUUCUAGAAAUGGACAACAAACUUACCAAAUAUGCAAACAGUCAACCGCAGGGUUCAAUUGCUGCUGAUUUUUUGGAGCUACUUAUGUUUGGUUGUACGUCUCCAGCUCUAGAACAAUUUUUGCUCAAAGAUUUGACCGAAAAAGGCUUGAAAAAGUUAGGUAAUAGCAUUGAACUGAGUUAUUCAACGAUUCAAAAACUGGUGGUCAAACCAUUGCACACAGCAAUUUGUAGUAUGUUUUAUCAUUUGAACUCGUUGCAAGGAAUGAUUAGCAACGUAUAUUACUAUAAGCCUCUGUUGGGUGAUGUGACCAAUGAGGCGCUGAUCAACUGCGGAGCGUUCCUGAUCAAGGCUUAUGAAUUGCAGCAAACAAUUGAUACUUCCACGAGAGACUUCAAAAUAUUCUUCCGUUGGCUGUACAUCGUAAUUGUUCGCCUAAUGGACGAAACUUUACCGGAAGAUAAUCCAUCAGUGACACAGCAAGAAAUCAACUAUCUAGCGGAGUUUCUUGACAAUUUUGAUGUGAGUCACGUAGAAAUAAAUGAAACUGGGGAUGAACUGGUCGCGCCGGAAAAGAAACGAAGGUUCAAUCUCGAACGUGUGGGACAGUACUUAGAAGACAAAAUGCUCACCUUUCCGUCGAAGGCAGAUGCAUCUAAUCAAUGGGCUAAGCUGUUGGAGCAAAAUGAUUGUCUUAAAACAUGUAAGCUCAUAUACCCCCAUCACGACAACAGUUCCUUGGUUCAGCAAAACAAUUUAUUGAAGGCUAGCAUCGAAAAAAUCUUUGAAAACCCGAUCGCUGUAAUUGGGCAGGACUUCAAGCAGAAAAGCGUCCUUCGUAUGCAUAGCGAAGAUACCAGUGCAACUUUUUCACGUGUAAUCUCUCAUAUUAGCGCCGAGGGAGGCGAAUUUUCCUUGUUCGCUGUUCUCGACUCUGCAAACAAUCUUAUAUUAGUGGAAUGUGAUCGAACAUCGUUGAUUCGUUCAAUCUGUCUUCGUUUCAGCGAAAAAUCAUACUUCGAUACACGAUUUUCGUCACUUGGUGAGCUGACAUUUAAACAUCUUCAAUUCUACAACGAAGACACAUUAUCGAUUCUACUGCGAGCACAAAUCACUGAAAGUCAUUCUGGUAGUUACCUGUUUCAACUGGCGCUCCAGCGAGUGAGGGAACUUUUCGAGGCGAUUCCUUUUACCAGUAGUCAGUUAAUUGACAAAAACAGUAGCUGUUGCCGAACGGUGAACGCUUACACAUUGCUAGAGGAAGGAUCCCUCAAAUAUUUAGAAGGAAUCGAAGCAUCUUUGAUUGCCGUUUCCGGCACGAGAAAUGUCGCCUCAGUGUUGUCGGAAUCGCGGAAGACUAUACGCAUUUACGAUAUGGACGCGCAGGAGGAGGAUGAUGAACUUGGAGAUACGUCGUUGAAUAACAGCAGUUUGGACAAUAGUAAGGAUUCGAUACACGCGUGAGAAAGCGAAAUGAAAUUCACUAAUGGCAAUAUAUAAUUUUCAUACUGGA